AUGGAUGCUGCGGGAAGGGGCUGCCAUUUGCUGCCCCUGCCAGCGGCGCGCGGACCUGCUCGCUCUCCUGCAGUGGCGGCCGCCGCCCGCGCCGUCAGCCGGCCGGGCCUCUGCAGCGCCGCCGCCUCGGCUCCCUGCGCGGCCGCCGGAGCGGUCGCCAUGAACCCCAGCUCCUCGGCGGGAGAGGAGAAGGGGGCGACGGGCGGCGGCAGCAGCAGCGGAAGCGGCGCCGGGAGCUGCUGCCUGGGCGCCGAGGGCGGCGCGGACCCGCGGGGCGCGGGGGCAGCGGCGGCGGCUGGGGCCGCUGCCCUGGAAGAGCCCGCGGCCGCCGGCCCGAAGGAGAAGGACGAGGCGCUGGAGGAGAAGCUGAGGAACUUAACUUUCCGGAAGCAGGUCUCUUACAGGAAAGCAAUCUCCCGGGCAGGCCUGCAGCACCUGGCUCCUGCACAUCCCCUCAGCCUUCCUGUGGCAAAUGGUCCAGCGAAGGAGCCCAGAGCGACUCUGGACUGGAGUGAGAAUGCCGUGAACGGAGAGCACCUGUGGCUGGAGACCAACGUCUCAGGAGACCUGUGUUACCUGGGAGAGGAGAACUGCCAAGUCAGAUUUGCAAAAUCGGCCCUGAGGAGGAAGUGUGCGGUCUGUAAAAUCGUCGUCCACACCGCCUGCAUUGAACAGCUAGAAAAGAUUAAUUUCAGAUGUAAGCCAACAUUUCGAGAAGGGGGCUCCAGAUCACCAAGAGAAAACUUUGUGCGUCAUCACUGGGUACACAGGCGUCGACAGGAGGGAAAAUGUAAGCAGUGUGGUAAGGGCUUCCAGCAAAAAUUCUCCUUCCACAGUAAAGAGAUUGUGGCUAUCAGCUGUUCCUGGUGCAAGCAGGCGUUUCACAAUAAGGUGACCUGCUUCAUGCUGCAUCAGAUUGAGGAACCCUGCUCCCUGGGGGCUCAUGCUGCUGUAAUUGUCCCGCCCACCUGGAUCAUUAAGGUGAAGAAACCGCAGAACUCGCUGAAGGCUUCAAACCGGAAGAAGAAGAGGACAAGCUUUAAAAGAAAAGCCAGUAAAAGAGGGACUGAACAGGAAAACAAAGGUCGUCCUUUUGUGAUAAAACCUAUCUCUUCUCCUCUCAUGAAACCCUUGCUUGUGUUUGUGAACCCCAAGAGUGGAGGCAACCAGGGAACCAAAGUCCUGCAGAUGUUCAUGUGGUACCUGAAUCCACGGCAGGUGUUUGAUCUUUCUCAGGAAGGGCCCAAAGAUGCGCUUGAGCUGUAUAGGAAAGUACCAAAUCUGCGAAUUCUGGCCUGUGGUGGGGAUGGAACGGUGGGCUGGAUCCUUUCUAUUCUGGAUGAACUGCAGCUGAGCCCUCAGCCUCCCGUCGGGGUCCUUCCUCUGGGGACUGGGAAUGACCUGGCUCGAACUCUCAACUGGGGAGGGGGCUACACUGAUGAACCCGUCUCUAAGAUCCUUUGCCAAGUGGAAGAUGGGACAAUUGUACAGCUAGAUCGCUGGAACCUCCAUGUGGAAAGAAACCCAGACUUGCCUCCAGAAGAACUUGAAGAUGGCGUCUGUAAGCUUCCUCUGAAUGUUUUCAAUAAUUACUUCAGCCUUGGAUUUGAUGCCCACGUCACACUGGAGUUCCAUGAAUCCAGAGAAGCAAAUCCUGAGAAAUUCAACAGUCGUUUUCGAAAUAAAAUGUUCUAUGCAGGAGCGGCUUUUUCUGAUUUCCUACAGAGAAGUUCUAGAGAUCUAUCCAAACAUGUUAAAGUUGUUUGUGAUGGAACAGAUCUCACUCCAAAGAUUCAGGAACUGAAGUUCCAGUGUAUAGUAUUUUUAAAUAUACCCAGAUAUUGUGCUGGCACAAUGCCCUGGGGGAACCCAGGAGAUCACCAUGAUUUUGAACCUCAGCGUCAUGAUGAUGGUUAUAUUGAAGUGAUUGGAUUCACUAUGGCAUCUUUGGCUGCACUGCAAGUUGGAGGCCACGGGGAAAGGCUACACCAGUGUCGGGAGGUCAUGCUGCUCACUUACAAAUCCAUCCCCAUGCAAGUGGAUGGGGAGCCCUGUAGGUUGGCCCCAGCUAUGAUUCGGAUCUCCUUGAGGAAUCAAGCCAACAUGGUACAGAAGAGCAAGAGGAGAACAUCCAUGCCUUUACUCAAUGAUCCCCAGUCUGUCCCAGACCGCCUGAGGAUCCGGGUGAACAAAAUCAGUUUACAAGACUAUGAAGGAUUCCACUAUGACAAAGAGAAGCUUCGGGAAGCUUGUAAGUUGGAAUGGUUGAGUACUAUUGCUGGUAAGAAUUUGUUUAGUUUUGGGGCGCCUGAGUGGCUUACUAUCCCUCUGGGUAUUCUAGUUGUGCGCGGAGACUGUGAUUUGGAGACUUGCCGUAUGUACAUAGACCGCCUACAGGAGGACCUGCAGUCAGUUUCUUCUGGCUACCAGAGAGUUCAUUACCAGGACCACGAAACCUCCUUCCCCAGGGCGCUCUCAGCUCAGAGACUCUCCCCACGGUGGUGCUUUCUAGAUGACAGAUCUCAGGAACAUUUGCACUUUGUGAUGGAGAUUUCCCAAGACGAGAUUUUUAUUCUGGAUCCAGAUAUGGUGUUGUCACAGCAGGCGGGGACACCUCCAGGAAUGCCUGACCUGGUGGUGGAGCAAGCCUCAGGAAUGUCCGACUGGUGGAAUCCCGCCCUACGGAAGCGCAUGCUGAGCGACAGCGGGCUGGGAACGAUAACCCCACAUUAUGAGGACUCGGAUUUGAGAGAUCUCAGCCACUCCCGUGUGCUACAGUCACCAGUUUCUUCAGAAGAUCACGCAAUUUUGCAGGCAGUAAUAGCUGGUGAUCUUAUGAAGCUAAUGGAAAGCUAUAAAAAUGGAGGCAGUCUGCUAAUUCAGGGGCCGGACCACUGCUCCCUCCUCCACCACGCAGCCAAAACCGGCCACGGGGAGAUCGUGAAGUAUAUCCUGGACCACGGACCUCCCGAGUUAUUGGAUAUGGCAGACAGUGAAACGGGUGAGACCGCCCUGCACAAGGCUGCCUGCCAGCGGAACCGGGCCGUGUGCCAGCUUCUGGUGGAUGCGGGGGCAUCUCUGAGAAAGACGGACUCCAAGGGGAAGACACCUCAAGACAGAGCACAGCAGGCUGGAGACCCAGAUUUGGCUGCAUACCUAGAAAGCCGCCAGAACUAUAAGAUCAUUGGCCACGAGGACCUGGAAACUGCUGUUUGACCCUGGUAGAUUGCAAAGACAACCUGAGCAAGUGUAUCACCUGUGCCCUCCCGGCGAUCGGGCAGCUCCCCUGGAAGAAGCUGAUGGAAUCCACAAAUCUGUCUCUCUCUGCAAGAAUCUAUCUGAGACCAUGCCACCAGUUAUUAAGGGCUACCAGGAUGUCCAACAGAACACGAUAGCCCACUGAGGAAGAGACAGGGUACCCGGAGAUUUGUGGAAUACACAUUCCACAAAAUUUGAUCCUUAUUGCUUCCAGCAAGUAGCAUGAACUUCUGUGUUCACCUGUAUAAUUUAUUUUCGAGAUUCAGAGGAUGUUCAUACAAAUGGCACUGCUCCCUCCUCCCCCUAUGCAUUCACGAUUCCUCUGUACCACACAAUUCUACUGCAACUACCCAUCAUUCAAAAAAAAAAAAAAUAAGUAAAUACAAUUUGCUCUGUCUACAUUCAGCCUUUGAAGACCACAAGACACGCUGGAGGUCUCUGAAAACCCUCUGGAUGUCCUGCAGAAACACAACUGUAAAGCUGCUUCUGUUUCCAAGAUGAAAUAUACCGACACUAUUAGUGACUGUUUGCAUGUCUCCCCUGCCCUCCCCCCUCAUCCCUUGUCAUUCUGUAGGAGCUGGGACGUGCCACAUGGAUAAUGUCAACUUGUGUGCUGUACCUCUGAGGUAUGGUGAGGUGGCAUGGGAGGGGACCCAGGGCCCGGCCCUGGGGGCAGGGCUGUUGCUGAUAGCCAUGAAGGACUGGUUCAGCUUGGGCUGUUUGCACAGCCCCAUACUGCCUACGUGUAGCCAUCUUUGCCUUUUGCUGCGAUGUAGACGAUAAGAGACCAACACAGGAUUAAACGAAGGCCCUCGGCUGGUUUGGUGGAACCGCUGGAUUUUAAGUGCAGUUGAAGGUGCUGAGCAGAAAACCACGUGUGGGGACUGUGGUUCCAGGAAAUGGAGCACUGUGACUGCGUUCCCUUCCAGACUUUCUCAAGUGAUAAUAGAAAGCAGGCUAACUGACUUGAAAUAAAACAGCCAAUGCAAAAGUAGCAACAUAUGUCAAAAUAACUCACUUAAGCAAGAAAACAGUUGGCGGGCAUGUUGCACAGAGGCUAAUAAGUAGAGACUCUUGGGUGUAGUGGUGAGAGGGGGCCCAUUUUAGGUUUUCCUUCUAAGUGUUUGGUUUUCAUUACCCCGAGUAAGCCUUGUCCCAAGGACAAAGCCUUGUUUUAUGAGUUCCACUGCUGGAUUUCCAGGACGGCUGGAUCUUCCCGAUGGACACCUCACCUUUUACUUGUCAGGUCCCAAGAUUGUACCUGAUAGCACUGUAACCCCAUUUCUUACGUACGGGGUUGUCUAAUCUUUUCUCCGUUUCCCCCUACCAGGAAAUUCUUAGUACAAAACCACUGUGGGAGCUGAGCCAGAAAUGUGUCUCUGGCGUUGGAAUUACAACUUCGAAUCCUGCCACGGAUCAGUUGGUACUUACAGGUCCCUCUAGUAGGGACUCUGUGAUAACUAAAAGAGCAGGAGGAAGAGGCUCCUAACUUUCAGUGAAGAGGUCUACUUGACGUGGGUAGGAGUCAGAAACACAAGUGGGUGAUCCAAAGUUGUUUCAGACUAAAGCUGAGGUCUUCUGAGCUUUCUUCCAUUUUGCUCUUAGACACAAGCAAAGUGCUUCCCUGGUGUCUCUGCAUGUGAACACAUAAAUGAUCGUAUUUCUUUCUGCAUUUACUUUAAAGGUCCAGUGGUGACACACUGCUUACCUGAAUUGCAUUUUGGUCACCUAUCAUUUUGAGAGGACAGAUAUGAGUACUGUAUUAAGGAGGAAUAGCUUCUCUGUGGGUGGGGAUGAAGCACCUCCCUAGCCUUUUCAAAAUCAAAUUAUUGGUGUUAUUUCCAGCGGGGGGAGAAUAGGUUGGUUAUGAGUAAUUCAUUUCCAUCUAUCAGUCUUAGAAAUGGAAUUAUCUGUUGGGUUUUAUGGGGAGGUAAGGAGGACGGCAAUAGAUUGUUUCCAGAAACUGGAAAAAAAUAGGCUCCAGGAAAAUUUAAUCACUGGGCUUCAUCUGGGAGUCUUUCAGUUGGUGGGACUGUCAAAGAGAUGUUGUGAUGACAGAAAUAUAAUCCUUAAAACA